AUGCAGCUCAUCUAUCGAGAACUGGAUGCGGAUAUUGUGCGUCGCACAAAUGCCGUAUUUCCUGCGCAGAAUUGCUUUGUGGAAGUGUUGCCCGGUCAUCUGAUCAUUCCACGCAAAUAUAUCGAGGUAGGUGAAUCAAUCCGCAGUCUGCCCGUCUACGAGGACGAUGUGUGGAUGGUGUCGUAUCCACGCACCGGCUCGACAUGGGCCCAAGAGAUGGUCUGGCUGCUGGGCAAUCAGUUGGACUAUGAAGCUGCCAAGCAGGAUCUACGUAUACGUUCGCCAUUGAUUGAGCUGUCCGCGCUAUUUAGCACCGAUCAUCAUCAGUGGGUGGCUGAUUCUUAUGGAAGUACAGUUGAGCAGGUGCGCAAUUUGCCACGUCCACGCUAUGCCCGAUCCCAUCUAUCCUGGCAGCUGCUUCCCGAGCAAUUUGAAACCGUCAAGCCCAAGAUUGUGUACACAGCUCGCAAUCCUAAAGAUGUGUGCGUGUCUUAUUAUCAUUAUUGCAAACUGCUGCAUGGCAUCAAUGGUGACUUUGAGCAAUUUGUGGAACUGUUUUUGGACGGUCACACACCCAUCGGUUCCUACUGGCGGCAUGUGCUGCCGUUCUGGAAGCGCAGCUUCGAUGACAACGUCUUGUUCAUCAAAUACGAGGACAUGAUCCGCGAUUUGCCCGCUGUGGUUAAGCACUGUGCCAAGUUCCUGAACGUCUCCACACAACUUGACAAUGCCCAAUUGCAACGCAUUUGUGAGCAUUUGCGAUUUGACAGUAUGCAAAGCAAUAAAGCCAUCAAUCUGGAGAAGCAUCUGCCCCAGCAGGACAUCAAAUUUAUACGCAAGGGCAAAAUUGGCGACUGGCGGGAUUACAUGACCGAUGAAAUAUCAACACGAUUUGAUUCCUGGUGCGACGAACAUUUCCGGGGGAGUGGCUUGACAUUUGAUUACGAAUAA